UUUGUUUUAAUUUUACUUGUAUCACUCAUCGUGUUUUACAAGACUUUACAUUCAAUUUCUCCCAUUUUCUCGCGGCAGACACGUCACUGGAAUAUGAAUAAUUUAUUAAUAAUAUCAAGCAGCAUAUGUGUGUUUGCUCAUACAGUACCAGUGAUAAUAAAAUAUAUAAUUUCAUGGAUAUACGCCGAAAGUUCGAGUGAACUGGUAAUAAAAACAGAAAUGGAUCAACUGGAGCAAGAAAUGACUAAAAUAUCGAUGGUCGACGAGUUCUCAAAGUACUCAAAACUUCAACGACGACAUACGUUACUUAAAAAAAGUUACCACGAUCAGAUGACAGCUCGAGUAUCUGCACGUAAUAAAAUUCAAUUAUUUUUGACUUACGUCGCUAAAUUAUUUAAUGCUAUUGCGCUGUUGGUUCUCAUCAAAUUAUGGAGAAACGAACCGGUAAUUGUUUUACCCAAAGGUACUUUGUGGCCGCUUAAUUAUUUUUUAAGCUGGCCUGGAAUUUACAAUGACUCGAUUUCAUUAGUUAUGUGGAUCGGUAUCACAACUUUUGUUUUGUCUAAAUCAUUAGUUUUUUAAUUUAAUUAAUUGGCUAAUUAACGACUAAGUCUAAGGCUAAGACUAGAAAAUAAAAUUUAAUUUAUGGAGGUGCAAUAAAGUCUUGAUGCUGUUGAUGAUAAAAAAAAACAA